AUGUCAGCCACGGGCACGACGGUGAAGAACAAGGGGAUGAAACGGAAGGAGCGGGACAGCGAUAAGUUCUUUGAAUUCAUCGAGAGCCCGCCCAUCACGAGCCACGCAGCGCCUGGUGCCGAAGAACAUGGAGAGGAAAGCGGAGAUGGACAAGCACAGGGGGAAGGAAGCAGUCGCGAGCCGCAUCCACAACCAUCAUCCUGCACACGCGAGGGAGGAAACGCCAUGAUCGAGGCUGCCAGUGCCGGCACGGUUGAAUCGUUGGCCGCUAUCGUGCGGCCACCAUUGAUGGAAUUGAUGGGAUCCGAGUCGCUCAAGGAUGGCUUGUGCCAGCCCGUUACGCCACUCAAUCCUGAGGAGGAGCUGCGGAGCAUUCGCACCUUCGUCGGGACGAUCGCACACGGCAUCGGGCAGCUCCAGCACACGCUGCAGAGAUCGCAGACCCAAUGGCACUUCAAUCACAUCGUUGGGCAGCUCUCUCAGCUCUCGCAGGAGCUCACCGGCCAGGUCGAGCAGACCACCUCCCUCUACACUCUUCUGCAAAAUCACAACUGCCUGGAUGAGAUGAACCGCAAGGGAGCGUGCGCACCGCCCUCGCUUUCUUCCGAGUGUUUGUGUGUUCAUGAUCUCACCACCCGGCCAUCUUUUUGCUCGCUACCGCGCAGCGUACUCUCGUUCCUCUCCGAGCGCGACCUGGCGAACGUGGCGCUGCUCAACCGACAGUUCAAGCGGUUGGCCGAAGACGACGCCAUUUGGCGACUCUUGUCGAUGCGGCGAUGGAAGAAGGCGAGGGACAAGGGAAAGGACAAGGCCAACAAGAGGCGACGGCACGCGUGGCGAGAGUACUUUAUCGGUCGUCGGCGCAUCGACGCCAACUGGCAGGAGGGGACCUACGCGCUGCGCACCCUCACGGGCCACGACAACCAGCUCUACUGCGUCCAGUUCGACGAGGACAAGAUCGUUUCGGGCUCCGAGGACGAGACCAUGAAAGUGUGGGACAUUGCGUCGGGCAAGUGCUUGAAGACGCUGAAGGGCCACACGUCGGGUGUGUGGUGCUUGCAAUUUUGGCACGACCGUUUGCUAAGUGGGUCAGAGGAUUCCACUAUUCGGCUUUGGAAUUUGGAGACGGGCAAGUGCGAGCACAUCCUGAACGGGCACCGGUACGGCGUGUGGAGCCUCCAGUUCGACGACAGCCUCAUGGUCAGCGGAGCCGAAGACCAAGCGAUCAAACUCUGGGACAUGAACACGCUGCAGUGCACGAACACGCUGCUGGGCCACAAGAGCGACAUCUGGUGUCUGCAGUUCGACGCCGCCCAGCAAAUGAUCGUCAGCGGCAGCGGCUACGAAGAUCGAACGUUGAAGUUGUGGGACAUGCGCACGGGCUCCUGCGUGAUGACGAUGGCGGGCCACCUGGGCGCGGUCAACUCGCUCUGCGUCUUCUACGCCUCGCAGAGCCAUCCGCACUGCAUCCUCUCCGGCUCCGCCGACCAAACCAUCAAAGUGUGGGAUAGGCGCAUGGGACUGUGCGAGGCCACGCUCGAGGGGCAUCAAGGCGAGGUCCUGUGCAUGAAAAUGGCCGACUCCCGAAACCCGCGCAUCGUGUCGGGCGGCGGCUCCACUUGUAAAACUAUCAAAGUGUGGAAGGACUGGUACAGCAACCUCAGCAGCGUGACCGCCAAACGGGACCGCAUAUCGCUCUCCCUCUCUGGCCAUGACAAUGGCGUGUGGGGCCUCCAGUACGACGAGGACAAGAUCAUGUCGGGGUCGGCGGACAAGACCAUCAAGAUCUGGGACUUUAGUUGCAUCGUCGACGAGGAGCAGCACCACCAGGAGCAUGUGGAGGGAAGAGGAGGCGAGAUGACGAUGAUGAUGGGCAGCGGCGGCGGCGAGAGCGUGGUGGUGGUGCGAGAGGAGGAGGACGAACACGAGCGACGGACGUACGUCAUGGAGACCGACGACGACGGGGACGAGGAAGGCGGCAACAACAACGGCGGCGGCGGCGGUCUGACGCAGCGGGUCAUCGUGCAAGGCAAGCGCAGACGCGAAGAAGACGACGACGAGAGCGCCUGA